AUGAAUGAAAAAUUACUAAAAGCCUUAAUUUUUGAUUUGCUUUAUAGUCGGUAUUACGGAGUAAUUGUUUAUGUUCGGAUUUUUCGGGGCGAAUUAGUCAAGGGACAAAAAAUUAAGUUUAGUCGCAGUCAAAAAAUAUACCAAGUAGAAAGAUUGGGAGUGAAAACGCCCCAGGAAGUUUUAAAAGAAAGAUUAGGAACGGGCGAAAUCGGUUGGUUUACCGCCAAUAUUCGGGAUAUGCGAGAAGUAAAAGUAGGCGAAACGGUGCUAGAUAUUAAUAAUGAUUCUCCGCCGUUGGCGGGUUAUCAAGAAAGCAAACCUAACGUUUAUUCUAAUUUGUAUCCGGGUGAUAGUUCGCAGUAUAAGGAGUUUGAGAAGGCGUUGGUCGAAUUACAAGUCCAAGAUAGUAGUUUAAGUUUGGAAAAGGUUGACUCCCAAUUAUUAGGUCCGGGUUUCCGUUGUGGUUUUCUCGGCUUGCUUCAUCGAGAAAUCAUUUGUGAGAGAAUGCAAAAAGAAUAUCAAUGCGAAAUAAUUAUUACUCCUCCCAGUAUUAUUUACCGGAUAACUUACCAAAAUGGUAAAACUGCUGAAAUUGUUAAUCCGCAAAAAGUUCUUCCGAGCCAGAAAAUAAAACUCAUUGAAGAGUUGAUUAUUUCUUGUCUUAUCACCACUCCAUUAGAAUAUUUGGGAGCAAUAUCGCAAUUAUGCCAAAAUAAACGCGGGCAAAUAGUCGCAGAUUUGUCUUUUUUUGUUCACGAAAAUUUUGCCUACGAGCGUGCCCGCUUACUUUGCGAAAAAUUAAAAGCCACCCUUAAUCCCCAGAACUUUGUGGUGCCUAUCCAAGCCUGUAUUGGCAACAAAAUAAUUGCUCGGGAAACUUUGCCCGCCUUAAAAAAAAAUGUUACCGCUAAACUUUAUGGUGGAGACCACACCCGCAAAAUGAAAUUAUGA